AUGAAUUCCACAAUAUCUUUUCAGAAUCCCAAUUCUGGAAUGCAAACAGGCAUUAAUAAUGGCACAAUAAAUGCUCAGUUCAAUCUUCAUACAGACCCUCUGGAUAAGCUACCGAUUGCGAAUGGGGCCGCGUUUGACUCUUACACGGAUCGGCAUGAAGAUGAAUGUCUCCCAGGCACUAGGACCGAGCUUCUCAACGAGAUCGCAGAAUGGGCUGUUUCACAGCACGGGAAGUAUAUUUUCUGGUUAAAUGGGAUGGCUGGGACAGGGAAAUCGACAAUUUCUCGCACUGUGGCAAAACGCUUCAAACAAGAGAAGAUCCUUGGAGCAAGCUUCUUCUUUUAG